UGUGCAAAAUAUCUUAAUGGAACAUGAUCUUUACUUAAAAUCCUAAAUGUUUUUUUUUGCAUAAAAUAACAUCUAUAAUUUUGACCAUUCUGAUGUAUUGUUGGCUAUUGCUGCAAAUAUACCUGUACAACUUAAGACAGGGUCUUUGAAAUCCUUGAAAGUUUGUGAAUCUGGGGGAAAAAAUUCAAGGCCCUGGGAAGUUUUUGAAAAUAUACAUACAAGUGCUUGAAUCUAUUUACUGCAGGAAGUUUUAUGGAAAAAAUCCAUAUUAUUCCCUGUGUAGUGUAGGAUAAUAUCAUAAAAACUCUAGACUUAACACUAGCCUCCAAAAUAGAACCUUCAACAUCCACAAAUGGUUCUUUGCAGUGGAAAAAGGUUUCACAGACUAUAAAAGCGUAAGAAAUAUAUAGUUAUUUUCAUAACUUUUGACUUAAAAUGUUAAAUCAAAGGUUACUGUUCAAGUUGACAUUUCACAAGACUUUUUUAAGAUGUAAAAUAAAUAUUUGGUGAUGUCCCCAGAGUACGUAUGUAAAUAUUCCGCUCAAAAUACCCCACAGAUAAUUUAUUAUGGCAUGUUAAAAUUAACACUUUAUGUAUGAGCAAAAAAAGUGCUUAUCUCUGCACUAAAUGGCAGUGCCGUGGUUGGAUGGUGCAGAUACAGGGGGCGGAAUUAUCAUAAUAAGAUCCCCUUCUGACAUCACAAGGGGAGACAAAUUUCAAUGAGCUAUUUUUUCCACAUGCUUGCAGAGAAUGGUUUACAAAAACUAAUCUUUUUCACGUUUUCCAGGUUUAUAGAAGCACUGGGGACCCAAUUAUAGCAGUUUUUCAUGUAAUGGCAUUGCUACGAACUAAGAACGCUUCCAUAUCCUAUUUUUACCAGUGUAUGUUUUGUCAAUUCUAUUUACUAUCUAAAAUUUCAGUAUUAUAUUUUGCUAUAGUAAAUAGUAAACACAAUAAAACCACACAAAGAUACCUUAAGGACAGCAAUGGUGUAAAUUGCUUUUAAUUUAUACCUUUAUUUAAGAAUAAUCCCAGUUUGAGAAACCUUCGCUGGAGUCUUAAGAUAUCUACAACUAGCCCCAGUCUCUUCUAUAUAAAAACUUCCCUGCAGUGUUUUGUCACUAUUAUCAUGUUUACUCUCUUCAUUAUAACACGUUUAUUCUGUUCAUAUCUCUUUACUCUCAUUUUUAAACCUCGGGGGUGUGCUGCUUGAGUGACGGAUCUGUAAGUGCAGACCGGAGACUUUAAAGACCACGUCACAAGUGAGGCACAACAGAGAGUAGCGAGAGAGAGAGAGCGAGAGAGAGAGAGAGAGAGAGAGAGAGACGCGCGCACAGGACGCGCGAGGAUAUAUUGAUACAAAGCGACGCUGGUUUCUCCUCAGUGCGUGUGAGAGAGACCAUGCGUAAGGACGAUGGAGCAUUGGAACAGAUGAAGAUUGUCAGUGGUGUUGUCCAGCGAUCCCGAUGAGUGUCUCCAAACCACCUCCGCCCCACUCCCACUUCCCCCCCAGCAACCCGUCCUCUCACCUUCCUCUGCCUCCCACCUCCUCAUCUUCCCUCUCUCCCUCCACCCCUUCCUCCGCUGCAGGCCCCCCCAGCCCUGCCAUGCCUCCCCCUCCCUCCCCGGUAAAGAUUUCCAUGCAGGAGCACUUUGCCAUCAACGUGUGUCCCGGCCCCAUACUCCCCAUUCCUCAGAUCUCCGACUUCUUCCCUCGCUUCCACGACUUUCCCAUCACCCCCCUUCCGCCGCGGGAAAAACAGGUACUAAAGGACAAAGACAAGGACGUUGAUGCAGAUAGAGAGAAAGACCGCAAGAGGGAGAGAGAGCAGGAGGAAGACGGAGAUUUUGCCGACUCGGAUGACGAUGACACCUACCUGGGAACUCUGGAGUUUAAUCUACUGUUUGACCAAGAAAAUAACUGCUUACACUGCACAAUUCACAAGGCCAAAGGACUGAAGGCCAUGGACUCCAAUGGUCUGGCUGAUCCAUACGUGAAACUCCACCUCCUGCCUGGAGCAAGCAAGGCAAAUAAACUGCGCACUAAGACUUUAAAGAACACGCUAAAUCCGGUGUGGAACGAGACACUAGUCUAUCACGGCAUCACGGCUGCUGAUAUGACCACCAAAACCCUCAGGCUGUGUGUAUGUGAUAUGGAUCGCUUGGGACGGAAUGAGUUCAUAGGUGAAGUCAGGGUGGCCCUUAAGAAACUAAAGGAGGGAGAGAGCAAGCGAUACAACAUGGGACUGGAGAGAAUUGCACAGCAGACCCGGGAGGGUAACAACCAGGCAUUGGAUUCUGGGGCUCCUGUUGCAGAAGAAGAGCGUGGUCGUAUCCUGGUCUCUCUAAUGUAUGCUACGGAGAAGAGUUCACUGGUUGUAGGAAUUAUUCGCUGUGCCCAUCUUGCUGCCAUGGAUUCAAAUGGAUACUCGGAUCCCUUCGUCAAGAUUGUUCUGCAGCCUGACAUGGGGAAAAAAUCCAAAUACAAAACGUCAGUGAAGAAGAAAACUUUAAAUCCGGAGUUUAACGAGGAAUUUACCUAUGAGGUCCCACAUGAUCAGCUUGCCAAGAAAACGCUGGAAAUCUCAGUAUGGGAUUACGACCUGGGCAUGAGCAAUGAUUUUAUAGGUGGAGUUGAAUUGGGGAUUAACGCAAAAGGCGAGAGAUUGAAACACUGGUUUGAGUGUCUAAAAUACAAAGGAAAGAAAGUAGAAUACUGGCACACACUGACACAGCAAGGAGCCCCGAGCAGUGACUAACACACAUGCACACAUUCAGACAGGCACACACAUGGACACCUUUAUUACCUUCUGAUAAAUAAUACAAAAAAUAAUGGAGUAAUAAUGAUAAUGCAAUAAUGCUUAUUGUGAGAAUGAUGGUUAGUGGGGGUAAAGCAUAAUAACCAGAUAUCUCAGUCUGUCCUUCUCAGUCUUUUGUGAUGAGAGAGAAAAAGCAUCGGGUGAUCGGAUUGUGACAUACUGUACGACCGUGUGCCGUCGCACACAUUGACCCCCUUUUCCGGUCUAGCUGUCACUUACGUGAAGUCAUACCGUGUUGUGACUAUGCCACAGGAGAUCAUGCCAUAUUGUUUCAUUUAUUAAAAAUGUGUGUGAAGCAUCCUGGUGUUUGUGAAAGGUUGUGAUGCUCUAAUUUUGCACACUGUCGAAGCACAACACAUCCAACUGACUGUAAAUGUCUACUGUAUGCGUACCCGUGUAUUACCUUUUUGUCAUGUUUACAGUCUCCUCCAGCCUGGCAAAAAUCGGAAGAAUGUUAACCAUCUCUGGAUUUAAUCUGCAUCGCAAUCUGCACAACUAUUCGUGUGUAUGCGUGAAUGUCCCCCCGUCUGUGUUUUUGUCCGUAUAUUUGUGAGUUUGUGUUGAAUAUUUGUACAGCGCUGAUGCACGUUGACGGACUGUCGCACCUUCUCUCUGGCGCCCUCUACUGGUUGAGAGCUCUGAUUGCGGGCACCACAGGUGCUACAUGCAAGGACAAAUGUACUGUUUUGGAGGUUGAAUCGUCCGCCUCUGGUAGUCCACAUGCACAACCGCACACGACCCAACGGGUAAAUCAGCAAUCAAGUGAAACCUUUGAAGGAUAAACUAUCGGGAUGUCUUUUGGUCACAUGAGCGCAGAAGAGCUUCUGUCCUGACAUUCUCUCUGAUGAGACCUUGUAAAAUUAUGCACAUGUCUUUAUUUCAAUACGUUUUUUUACAGUUGCUUACUGUUGACAAGUGCUAUGGACAACGAGGUCAACCGUACAUGGAGUGGUGGAGAUCCAUGGGAAUUUUGGCUGUAAUUGUAUCCAUGUCACAUGUGAUUGCAUUUAUUAUCUGUAUUCCUAUUCAAGUUAUGUACCAGUACUAUUUAUUUGAAAUGAUACAGUGCAGCAUUCUCUCUGAGUGCUACCUCAGUUUUAUUACAUGUUGAGUGCAUAUGACGUUACCACAACCACACAAACGCCUAAACCAAGGUCGUGUGGUUUAUAUUUAUUUUAACCCAUUACUCUUUGCAUGUAAACUUUUUCACCAAAGUUUUGGAGACAUGUUAAAUUUUUACAUCAAAACUGGAUAUUAUUAUUUUUUUGUACAUGUAAAUGCACUCUAUUAACAAAUAUUCACAGCAAAAAAGUAACAAUCGAGUUAACUUCUGUCCUUUCAUGGCUGCGUUUAAAAUUUGAGUUUUGGUCUGAAUGCCAUAUACUUCAGAAAUGUUAUACUAAGCAACUGCAUGCCAAAUGAAUGUCACAUUACUGUAAGCUUUGAUGGACCACUGAUCUGCAGUGCUGAUGUGUGUUGUAAUCUAUCAUCAGACCCAUCUAAGGAUAUUUGUUUUUGCUCAGUGAACUGGGACAAUCCCGAGUACCUUUAAUGAACCAGCGCGGCAUUUAGAUAAUAGACUGGCAUAUCCUGCCAACCGAAAUGGGACUCAAGGGGGAGAUAAUGAACGACGGGUCAAACUGAAGGAGGAUUAUUCAAGUGUCGAUCACGUGUCCUUGUUGACUGUCUGUGUGACUCAUGUGACGUGACUGCCAUCGUGUGUCGGUCUUUGUAAUUGCGUCUUGAAAAAUAAACUGGAGCAAAAAGUC